AUGCCUGCUCCCGUCAACAAGGAAAACGACACGCCGGCGCACAUCGACAUCCACGAUGACCGCGUCGCCCCGCGCGAGGACAGCGAGGCUGCCAGCCCGGGCAUGAGGAACAGCAGGGGAUGGGACGGCAAGCUUCGCGUUCCCAAGUCGGCUCUCGUCACUAACCCAGAGGCCCUGUCCGACCCCGAAUACUCGGACGAUGGCAACGUCUUUCCCGGCGAGGAGAUCAGUGCCGACGAAGACCUGCUCGAUAGCGAAGAUUCCGAUGCCGAGGAGAUCAUGUGCUCUCACUCUCGGGUCGCUGCCAUUUCCUCGCUGCGGCUGCAACGCUUCAAACACGCGGCUCGCGUCUGCCUUCGUCAGAACAGCAUUCAAAGGAUUGACGGGCUCGACCCCCUCGCAGAGACGCUCAAAGACCUCGAUCUCUACGACAACUUGAUCUCCCACAUGCGCGGGCUGGACGACCUAGUCAACUUGACGAGCCUAGAUCUGAGCUUCAACAAGAUCAAGCAUAUCAAGAACAUCGGCCAUAUGACACAGCUCAAGGAGCUCUUUCUAGUCGCAAACAAGAUCAGCAAAAUCGAGGGGCUCCAAAGGCUGGGCAACCUCACGUCCCUGGAGCUGGGUUCCAAUCGCAUCCGGGAGCUGCAGAAUCUCGAUGGCCUCGACAAGCUCGAGGAGCUGUGGGUGGCCAAAAAUAAGAUAACGGAGCUGACGGGACUGGGCGGACUGCCCAACCUGCGGCUACUCAGCAUACAGUCCAACCGGAUCAAGGACUUGUCCCCGCUGAAGGAAGUUCCCGGGCUGGAAGAGCUCUACAUCUCGCACAACAUGCUGGAGACGCUCGAGGGGCUUGAGGGGAACGAUAAGCUCAAGAUUGUCGACAUCUCCAACAACCAAGUGGCCAGCCUUAAGGGCCUGGCCGGGCUGAGCAAGCUGGAGGAGCUGUGGGCCAGCUACAACCAGCUGGGAGACUUUGGCGAGGUCGAGGGCGUGCUCAAGGACAAGCAGCACCUGACGACGGUCUACUUUGAGGGUAACCCCCUUCAGCUCCGCGGCCCGGCGCUGUAUAGGAACAAGGUCCGGCUGGCUCUGCCGCAGGUCAGCCAAAUCGAUGCCACGUUUGUGAGGGUCUGA